CUCCCCACACCAACUAUAAAAGCCUAUAGUCUUUGUUCCUCCACAGCCACUACUCACUCUCAUCUGCAAAUAACCUUUGUCUCAGUCCGAGACACGCUGCUUCCUCCAACGCAGGAAAUGUAAAACUUGUCGUGUAUUUGAGGUCACAUUACAAACCACAAUGACUGACCUGGAGAGUUCACUGGCCACCAUCAUGGAGGUGUUCCACAGGUACACAGAGAAAGAAGGAGACAAGCACAAACUGAAGAAGAGUGAACUGAAAGACAUGAUCAAUGAGGAGCUGCCAGCCCUUACAGGGCAAGUAAAGGACCAGGCCACUAUGGACAGUUUGAUGGAGAGCCUGGACACGGACGGAGACUCGGAAUUGGACUUCCAAGAGUUCAUGACAUUUAUCACCAUGGUAACUGUCUGUUGCCAUGAUUUCGGCGAGCACCAUGAAGACGAGUAGCUAGGCACCAGUUAAACAAGAGAGAGAGAGAGAAAGCCAGUAAGUUAUAAAAUAGGAACUUUAGUUUGAUAAAACACUGAAAUGUCAAUGCAAACUUUGUAUUUUUCCAUUUGGUCCCAUUUAGAUUCAAUAGGUUUCUUAUACCCUGUUUGCCUACAAAGGGUUAACGCACUUUGUUUCAUUGCCUGUAAUUUGUCAGAGUUGACAAAGCCAAAUUGGUUUAGUCCUGAAACGUCAUAGAAUAGUUUUUGCCAACAAAGCUUAGAGCAAUUUUCUUGUAUACUGUAAAGCUAAGAGCCAAUGUAAUAUAUUCAUGCAUUUCUGCGGCUCUAAAUUGGUUCAAUUGUUAUCACUAACAAUGCAUGUGUAAUCAGCUACCCCAUUCAUUGGACAUGGUCUGGCAAGUAAAACAAGUAUUCUCCAGUUUGAUUUUGACCCCCCCCCAAAUGUUGAAUUCCAGGCAAUACCUUGAAUUGAAUUCUGUUUUUAUGAAAAUUGUUUUCAAAUUAAACUGUGCUUUGCGAGAUGCUAUUAAACAUAUAACAUAGAUACUCAAUAAAGAUGAUCAAAUGAACACAAGGACAUACUUUUCACCAGUUA